GUCUCUGGGCCGGCGGACCCGCGGGCAGGCACUGCCGGGCUGGACGACCUCGACCCGGCUCCCGGCGAAGCGCCGCGGAGGAGCUGCCCGGCGCGCGGAGCCCGGGCACGGGCGAGCCCCUGCAACCUUCCCCUCGGCGCUGGGCCGGCGCAGAGCUGGAGCAUCCGCGGGGGCCCGGGCACGGCGGACCGACGGCCGGCUGCCCCGCGCCCCGUGCCCCGCGCCCAGCGGCAGGGGCGGCGGCGACAUGGCCGCGCGUGUCGGCCUCUUGCUGCGCGCCCUGCCGCUGCUGCUGUGGGGCGGCCUGGACGCCCAGCUCGCCCAGCGCGUAGGCCAGGAGCUGCGCAGGGAGGCGGAGGCAUUCCUGGAAAAGUACGGAUAUCUCAGUGAACCCGCCCCCAGUAGUCCCGCCUCCACGCGAUUCAGCAAUGCCAUCAGGGAGUUCCAGUGGGUGUCCCAGCUGCCCAUGAGCGGGAUGCUGGACCCCGCCACGCUGCACCAGAUGAUGCAGCCCCGCUGUGGGGUGGCAGAUACCGAUAGCCAGGUGGCCUGGACCAAGAGAGUCAGUGCCGUAUUUACUGGACGUCGGGCCAAAAUGAGGCGUAAGAAACGCUUUGCCAGGCAAGGCAACAAAUGGUACAAGCGGCAUCUCUCCUACCGCCUGGUGAACUGGCCCCAGCACCUGCCUGAACCGGCAGUUCGGGGGGCCGUGCGCGCCGCCUUCCAGCUGUGGAGCAACGUCUCAGCGCUGGAGUUCUGGGAGGCCCCGGCCACAGGCCCCGCUGACAUCCGCCUCACCUUCUUCCAAGGGGACCACAACGACGGGCUGAGCAACGCCUUCGAUGGCCCAGGCGGCGCCCUGGCGCACGCCUUCCUCCCCCGCCGCGGCGAAGCGCACUUCGACCGCGACGAGCGCUGGUCCCUGAGCCGCCGCCGCGGGCGCAACCUGUUCGUGGUGCUGGCGCAUGAGAUCGGCCACACGCUCGGCCUGACCCACUCGGCCGCGCCGCGCGCGCUCAUGGCGCCCUACUACAAGAGGCUGGGCCGCGACGCGCUGCUCAGCUGGGACGACGUGCUGGCCGUGCAGAGCCUGUAUGGGAAGCCCCAGGGCGGCUCAGUGGCCAUCCAGCUCCCGGGAAAGCUGUUCACGGACUUUGAGGCCUGGGACCCCCACAGACUCCAAGGAAGGCGCCCCGAAACCCGAGGUCCUAAAUAUUGCCACUCCUCCUUCGAUGCAAUCACUGUAGAUGGGCAACAUCGACUGUACAUAUUUCAAGGCAACCAGUUCUGGGAGGUGACAGCUGAUGGCAACGUCUCAGAGCCCCACCCACUACAGAAAAGGUGGGCAGGGCUGCCCCCCCAUAUUGAGGCUGCCGCGGUGUCAUUGGAGGAUGGAGACUUCUACUUCUUCAAAGGGAGUCGGUGCUGGAGGUUCCAGGGCCCCAAGCCAGUGUGGGGCUCCCCACAGCUGUGCCGGGCCGGGGGCCUGCCCCCCCACCCGGAUGCUGCCCUCUUCUUCCCUCCUCUGAGACGCCUCAUCCUCUUCAAGGGCUCCCGCUACUACGUGCUGGCCCGAGGGGGGCUGCAGGUGGAGCCCUACUACCCCCGAGGCCUGCAGGACUGGGGCGGUGUCCCUGAGGAGGUCAGCGGCGCCCUGCCCAGGCCCGACGGCUCCAUCAUCUUCUUCAGAGACGACCGCUACUGGCGCCUCGACCAGGCCAAACUUCGAGCAAUGGCCUCGGGCCGCUGGGCCACAGAGCUGCCCUGGAUGGGCUGCUGGCAUGCCAACUCGGGGGGCACCCUGUUCUGAAGAUGCCCCCACCUCUUAGGGAAUUGCUGGCGCUCUCAUGGCCAACGUGUAUCCCCAGCCCCAAGGGCAGACCCCGUCUGGAAGCCUCUGAGCCUCCCUGCAGAAGUCCGGGCAGGAAAGUUCAUCUGCAUUUGUUCCCUGGAGAAUGUCCUUGUGCUGUCAAGACAUUGAUCUUUGUGGGAUCAAUUCAACGAGAAGCCGAAAAGGAUCCCAGACCCCACGGCCCUUUCCCCAAAGACUCAUUCCUCCCCAGGCCUUGGGGAUUUUGUUUCUUCCCCUAAAGGUGCAGUUCCUGUCCAUGAGGCCACAGCACUGGGCAACCAGGAAGGAUGCAAAACUCAAUGGAGAAGUUGGGACCACUUUGCAAGACUGUCCCUUCUCCUCAGGACCUCCUGGCUCAGUCCUUGGAGAAUUGUGUCUUAUUUAAUCAGAGGCCCCACCCCCAGGAAGACUGGAUGGAUUGGGUACAAGGGUCUCCAACCUCAGGGGUGUCAGGACCCUGAACAAGAAGGAGACCGAUGCAGGCCUGCUGGGCCCCGUUUCUUUCAGGGGUUGGGGGGAAGGCUGGAAUAAAGAGGUGCUCCCAGCUGGUGGGCCUGGAGGGGGGAAGCAGCCUUCCUUGGACACGUUUCCAGUGAGAGCAGGUGGGUAUGGAUGCCAGGGAGGCCGCAGCCAUGUUCUUCCGGUCAAAGCCGGGACCAGUGAGCUGUGCGUGUGUGUAGUUGUGAUGGGGAGAGGGGCCCUGCCUCUCUCCUCAAAAAUCAAAAUAUCCUUCAUCCACCUCAUCCCUCAGGCCAGAUGAAGGACCCUGUGUGGCAGGGGGAGGACAGAAGCCUCUCUGGAGGUCUGCACUGCUGCAGUCGCUGGGGGCUCUGCAGGCCGGGAGAGCUUCGUGCUCACAAUGGCCCCAUUCUCCUGGCCACACACGAAGCAUUCCAGGAGCUCCCGCUGGCCGGCCAAGAAUAGCUGGGAUUCCUGGAGAAGGCCCCAGCUCCCCGACCUCCCUGUCUUCUGUCUCAGCGGCUUCUGGGGCUGGUUCUAUAGUCCUGCCCCCUCCACACCUGCCAGUGCCUCCUCUGCACACACACUAACCUCAGCCAGACCGGGCUUCCCGCGGGAGGGGAGGAAGGUCCGGCCAGCUUCAGCCCUCAGCUGCCAGUGGGCAUUCCUGGCCCGGCAGCUUCAUUUUCUUCUCUGCGCGGUGGGGAGAAUGGCCUUUGACUGCCCUUGGCUGCAAGUACUUUGUUCCGCCCCGUCCGGGGGGAGUUGCAGGGAGGAGGCUCUCCGCCUGCCCUUUUCCCUCUGGCUUGAACCCGGGGGAAGGGGAGGAGGGUUGAUCUUUAUCCCACGCCACACCUCAAGGCACUGACACUUUGAUUAGGGGCUUUAUUGAGUGAUUUGAGGAAAGGGGCAAGUUUCCCAGAGGGGUUAUUCUCUCUAGGCGACGCCUCUGCUCACCGGGCCCGAAGGACGUGAAAUACCCCCGAGAUGAGCGUGAGGCUGUACCAGGGGGCGCGAGUCAGGUGGGCGGCGGGCACUGCGUGCUGACCCGGGCGCGGGGGCCCUCGGGAGGCGCUGUUGGAGGAAUGGAGCUCCAGGUGAUGUUGGGCUCCGCACUGAUGACAGGUGGGGCCGGUCAUCAGCGGUGGGCCUGCUGGGCUGCUCGGAGGGGGGCGCUCCGGGAAGGCGGCUCUCAGGCACGUGCUGGAGAGCGCUCCGCGUCUGGGGAGAGGAGAGGGUGGCGGGGAAUCUGGAGUCAGGCGAGGAUGGAGGGCCACAGAGGCCGGGGACUGGGGGGCGCUCAAAGGCCCACGGCAGCCCCCGCGCCUCCAGAAGCCCGCGCCUCCCGCAGAUCCGGGUGCUCCAGAACGCAGUGCGCCACGUAGUUCGGCGAGCUGUGCAGGUUCCUGCACUUCUUGCAGAAAAGGAUCUCACAGCGCGCGCAGCCCCCGCCGCGCAGCCGCCGCCGCCGCGUCUCCAGCACGCACGGCUCCUCCGGGGGGAUCCGCUUCCUGCGGGCGGGGGCCGGGGCGCUCAGGGCACCGCGCCGCCUGCUCCCGCCCGGGGCCCUGGCGCCCGUGCAUCCCGCCCCCGCCGAGCGGCGCGCCCUCACCUGUUGGCUGGAGCGGCCAGGCCGCCGAGCAGUGCGAAGGGGCUGAACCAGCCCCAGAAGCCGCUGUCCGCGCGCCGCAGCAGCGCCACCUGCUGGGUGCUGGACUCCUGGCGCAACGGAUAGUAAGACACGGAGUCCCGCUCCCGGCCCUCGCCGCCCUCCGCCUCCCCGCCCUCCGCCUCGCCCUCGGCCGCGCGCUCCUCCGGCGGCCUCUCCUCGUCCUCCUCCUCCUCGUCCUCCUCCGACCCCUCCUCCGCGGCCUCCGCCUCCGCCUCCGCCUCCGCCUCCCUGGUCCCGGGCUGCUCCAGCUCCUUCUUGCACAAGGGGGUCUUCACGCCUGCGGGGGCGGGGGGCGGGGAGGAGGUCAGUGAAGGGCCUGGGUACCCUGGUACCCUGACUGUUGCCCACAGCCCGACCGACCGCCCCCCCCCCCAAAAAAAUAGGCAGGCGUUCGAAGGACGGUGCGCACGAGAUGCCCGGAGCCAGCAGGAUUCCAAGAGAGGGUUACAGAGUGUGCAGGAUUUCCCGGGCAAAGGAGGGCCUGAUUUCCUAGGUCCCCGCACUUCCUAGCUGAAGACUCGGGGCAAGUCACAUCGCUUCUGUCACCUCCGUUUCCCUAUCUGUAAAAUGGGAAAAAGUAGUGUCUAUCUCAAGGGUUACUGUAAGGCAGGUAUCAGAUCGAGUGUGUUUGAAGCGCCUGGCUCAGGGGCGGCAGGAAGCCAUCAACAAACAGGUGCAAUGAGCCUUGCGAACCCGGAGGAGAUGGCGGUUCAUCGCCACCUUCCUUCUUAUUGGCUCCGGGGUGGGGACUGAUCUCUGUGCAGGCUGUCAAUAAACAUUAAGUGCACUGAUUGGAAUUUUAA